AUGGAUGCUGAGGCCACUGCAACGGCCAAGCUGGCUGUGCUGAUCGACGCGGACAAUGCGCAGCCCAAGAUAGUCAGUCUCGUGCUUGCCGAGAUCGCCAAGUAUGGCACUGCCUUUGUGAAACGGGCUUAUGGCGAUUGGACCACCAACAACUUGAACGGCUGGAAGGAGCACCUUCUGUCUAAUUCCAUCCAGCCCAUCCAGCAGUUUGCCUACACCCAGGGCAAGAACUCGACCGACGCCGCCAUGGUCAUUGACGCCAUGGACCUCCUCUACACCAACAGAUUCGACGGCUUCUGCAUCGUCUCCAGCGACAGUGACUUUACUCGCCUGGCCUCGCGAAUCCGUGAGUCCGGCCUGGUCGUCUACGGCGUUGGGGAGCGUAAGACCCCCAAGCCUCUAGUCACCGCUUGCGACAAGUUCAUCUAUACCGAGAAUCUCUCUGCGAAUCUGAAAGCUGCCCCGGCCCACCCACCUAGCGCUCCCCCUGGAGAUUUAAUGAGUCGAGACCUCAUAACCAGAGAACUCACACCCCGCAAACGUCCCUUCCAGGCGAUCUCGAAGAAGGACCCAGAGGACCUGGACUCAGAAAUGAGCUUCAUAUACGAGGCCAUUGAAGAUGUAUCAGAUGACGAGGGCUGGGCCUCGCUUGCUCCUCUUGGACUUUUGAUCAAUAAGCGGCACCCGGAUUUCGACCCCCGCAGCUUUGGGUACGAGAAGCUCAGCCACCUUCUCCAGGAUGAUCGGUCACUGGAAAUGACAAAACGCAUCCCUGGAGUAGGAAAGCCUCCAGUUGUAUAUGUACGCAUGUUAAGGCUGCUCUAG